GUGUAUUUUGGUUUUUGUAUUCCUUUAUUGAGAUGAUCAAGGCGAUCCUUGUAUUCAAUAACCAUGGGAAGCCACGGAUGACCAAAUUCUUCACUCAUUAUGUAAGUAUUGUAUCCUCCAAGAAAUGGAGUUUUCUUUUUAAGAGCACGAAGUAAAAGUAGGUAAAGUUGUGUGUGGUUCAUAAGAACCUUCCGUUCCGUAUUUUAACCUACAAUGUAAUCAUACAUAAGAUACUACAACUAGUGGAAAUAACCUAUGUUGUACUGUCUUUUGGGCUGCCAAAAUUCAACUAGUAAAUUUGCGACAACACCUGGCCUAUGAGAAAUUAUGAAGGAUAAUGCGAAAAAUUGCACUUAGAGGCUUACUUCCACUUGUCCACUUCACAAACGCAAAAACUCCGUAGCUUUUAUAAAGUAAACACUAUUUUAAAUGACGUUAAUUUCUGCCUUCCAACUUUAUUUUAGUGUAGUUUUUCCCGUUAUUUUAAGAAUGAGAAGCCAUGAGUUUAAUUGCGUUCAACAUUAGGAGAAUGCAACCUAAACUGAAUGUGAGAAGCCUGGGCACAAGCAUUUAGCAGAAAGAAUCUCGUUUUUAGGUUGUUUCAACUACCGGUGAUAUGUCAUAGCCUCCACGGGCAAGGUGCACGUGCAUCUAAAAGGAUCAGAAUGCGCGCAACUGUUCUUUCUUCCACGUUCAGCUUUGCUCACUUUCUAUCAAUCAAUCAAUAACCUUUAUUUAUCCUUUAUUUAUAAAGCCUAUGGGGUCGAGCAAAGCAAAAAGAAGAAAUACAAAACUACUAUUAUUAUCAUUGUACAGUAACUAAUUUUUUUACAGACUAAUUAUAAAAUAUUACAAGUAAUUAGAAAUUAGUAUUUACAUCACAAAUUAUAAUAAAUAUUACAACGAAACCUGCAUUAAGUGGACACCCUCUAUUAAGCAGACCGUAGCCAAAGUCCCCAAAUUUAUUUCCUUAUUCUAACUUUCUGAGCUGAAAUAGCUGCUCCAUUUAUAGAUCUGGUAGUACAGUGGAACGUCUAUUCAGGGGACACCCUCGGGAGUCAGGCAAGUGUCCUCUGAAUAGAGGUGUCCCCUGAAUGAUGGUCGGAGUGGGGUUUUUUAAUAAUUAGCCAACCAAUUAAAUAUUUUUAUUUUAUUCUGCCUCUGAAUCUGCUACAGUCAUGAUUUCAAGCAGCUAGAUAAAAUUAUGUGUAGAAAAUCAUGAUUCUAGGCAUAUCUCUGUGAUAUGGUAUGUUGAAUUCCCACUAGUACAUCUUAAACAACAACUACAAGUCAUGAACUAAAACUCAACAAACUGUUAAAAACUUGGUCCAAUUAUCAAUUGCCCUCUUGAUCUAGUUCACUUUUACUUUCCUUGCAUUUCAUGAAAGUAUUGUGGGUCAUAAUAAUGCAAUUUUUUGUUGUUGUUUUUAACAACAGUUUUGGUUGGAUUUCCAGUGACUUCACAUCCAAAUGAAUGAAUAAUGUGAGAAGUGACAGUUGUGUAAAUUUAUGCAAAUUUUGUGCAAUCAAUCAUGGUGCAUUUCUUUACCCAAUAUUUUUUUUAACAAGUAUUUCUACCUUUAUAAUUUCUUUUUGUCUGACUAGUUGGGUGAUACUAAACCAAUAGAGUCUUUGCCCUCAAGGGCGAUAGGUCAAUAGCCCAUUCAGCUUUGCCUCAUGGGCUAUUGACCCGUAGCCCUUUUGGGCUACAGGUCUAAUAAUUUAUUGUCAAGUAUUAACUAUGGUAUUAUUUUUCUCAUAAUGAGCUAACAUAAUUUUAAAACGUGUUUUGAUUUUGAUUAUAUCAGGACUGUGGUGCUUAUUUCGGGGCAGCAAUUGUUGACUUUUUUUUUCUCCCAAAUGCGGCAAUUAAUCAGGGGCAGUUCUUAUUUGAGUAAAUAUGGUAAUGCACCUCUCAAAUUUUGAGACAAGUUUUGAGAAAAAUAGGGUGCAUCAUACAAGAGUAUAACAUUCUUUAAUUAUGUUUUUUUUUCAGUCAGAAGACAUGCAGCAUCAGAUCAUUAGAGAGACAUUUCAUAUUGUCUCAAGGAGAGAUGACAAUGUCUGUAAUUUCUUAGAAGGGGGAACGUAAGUUAUAACUUCUAUUUUUCUCUCAAUCAGAUGAGGUCAUGAACAGAAUAUUCUGUUUUGCGUGUAGAUAAUGCCAAUAAGUAUGAGGUCUAUUACUAUCCAGGGGGGUUUAAAAUUCUAUGGAAACAGUUUUUUUUGUUUGGAGUGCCGGUUAUUCUCUCUACUUACAUUGUACCCUGCUGAAUAAAUAGGUUGGAUUGGCCAAGCAAGAUAAGGGCAAUGCCCAGUUUUGUCUGUACACUUAUAUUCUGGACUUGGUGGUUUACUUGUGACUUUUAAGAGUACUGCAUCCUGAUAAAAAAGAGGUUUUAAGACAAUCUGUUGAGGGGGGUAUUAUGCCUCCCUCUUUAUGACCAUGCUAUAAAUGAAGUAUCAUUUUGUAGAUCAUUAUCCAUCAUCACUCUGUUGGUCGGGUGGGAAACAUUUUCUGAACUUGUGCGAAGGUGUUGUAGUAGUAACAAUUUUUAAUUUGCUUUUGCAGGUUGAUUGGAGGUUCUGACUUCAAGAUAAUUUAUCGUCACUAUGCCACACUUUACUUUGUUUUCUGUGUGGAUUCUUCAGAAAGUGAGCUAGGAAUUCUUGAUCUUAUCCAGGUAUGUUUAUGACUAUGUCCUGUUAAAUGUUGUUUAAUCUACUUAUGAAAGGGUGGAAUCAAUUUUUGGAUAUGAAUUUUAAAUGGUAAACAAUAAUGACAAAAUUCUGCUCAAAAUCGUAUGUGUCUGACCCAACAAAUUAUACACCUUAAGUUCUACCUUAUCCUAAGGAUCAUAGAAAGAAUGAUAUUUUCUUAGCUUUCUAAUUUUGAUUAAUAUAGAAAAAUGUUAUGUAUGGUUAUAGUUGAGCAUUUUGCUCUUGCGCUUGAUGCUGUUUUGUUUUAUUAUCAAGUAAAACAGGCCUCAUUUGUUUAAAAGGUGGAUAGCACUAUUCAACGGAUAAUUCACUCUCCAGUGGAUAAUUGUCAGGGAAACAAAUUGCAAAGUUACUCAUUGGUUAGAGAUUUAUCUAGGCAAUAGUGUUAUGGACCACUGAACAAAUGGGGCCAGGAGUUUUUUAAUAAUUUGUUUUGCUUGUUUUGCUAAGUUUUAGACAAUUGACUUACCAUUUUUGUUUUGUGUGUGUAUUAUUUUGUAGGUUUUUGUGGAAACAUUAGACAAAUGUUUUGAAAAUGUCUGUGAACUAGAUCUGAUAUUUCACAUGGACAAGGUAUGUCACUGAGCAACAAAUGAUGGCUAAUUAACCUUACACUUAUUUCAUUCGUAUGAGCUAAGUUUGGUUAAAUUUAAGGAUGCAUUUCGUGAUUUACACCUGAGUCAUCAGAUAAAAAAAUCCUGUUUCCAGUUGUUUAAAAGAUAGCGCCAUACGCUGAAUACGUAGCUAUUUAGUGGAUACGUAUUGGGACACUAAUAUUGCGGUAUCCACUGGAUAGAGAUUUAUCUGAUGGAUAGUGUUAGCGACCUUUUGAACAGCUGGAGCCAUUGUAUCCAAAAUGCAACUUUGCCGUGUGAUCCACAAUAGCAAUAAUAAUAUUAUGAUGGCAAAAAAGUAGAACAUGACAUCUGGUGAUACUGAAAAUUUAUUAAUCUUUGGUUAUAUUCUGGGCAGUCAGCUAAGGGAUCCAACUUUGGAUGCGACAAUAGGAAGAGAAGUCCUUCAUCUUAAGGUUCGCGCUAGAUGAGAAGCUGUCUUGUGAGAGGCACCAUGAUUGGUGUCAUGUACUAGUUUUGUCUGCAUGAAAAGUCAAUAAAACCACUUUGAACUGAGAAUAAAGCAAUAAAUUAUAGCUUCACCUUUGCCCCUGCCCUGCAUUUAACCUUAGAUCACGCUCAAUUUUCGUUUCGCUUUGUAAUAACAUUCCGAUGCGCAAAACAUAAAGAGAAUGUAUGAGAACUGCUAAAAUUGGGUCUGAUCUCAGGUUACUGCGUUCCGAAAUGGCAGAUAAAAUGGACAAAAUAGUAAUAUAGGUUAAGUGUGUAUUUACAUUUCUUUGAGUUCCUGCUGGCUAUGUUCAUCCCAGUCCCUCUUUACAUCUUUGUGUUUGUUGUUCAGGUUCACUACAUUUUACAAGAGAUUGUCAUGGGUGGAAUGGUGUUAGAAACUAAUAUGUCAGAAAUUUUAACCCACAUUGAGGCCCAAAAUAAACUCGAAAAAUCAGAGGUGAGUCCUCCAGUCUAGGAAGCCCAAUUUUUUCAUUAUUUUCCAUACACAUUUGUUCCUGUUAAUUUAUUGUUUGCAUGUAAACCAGUUUUGAAGCCACCUACAGGGUUCUCAUUACAUGUAAGUGCCAGCAAACAGCUAAAAAAUGUUCUACUUUGAGGUCUGAGUCAUCUACUCUUGGAGAAAAGUGGGUAAAGUGAGAGGUUAAAGCCUCAAAUUGCCUACAUUACUUGAUUGCCAAGCCACCUACUUUUACAUCCUACCUGUCUAAAGUAAAACUUAAUGAGAACCCUGCAACUAAAAAUAGAGGACUCCAAGCUGGGUAAGAAUUUUUUAUCCAUGAUAUUUAAGAGUUUUAAGGCUUCACAUGUUGUGAGAAUUGUGUCAGCACUAUACUAGGAUUCAUCUCUCAUGAGAUUGGGGCACUCUAGGGUCUCUGAAAUGAUAAUGGACAUGUUUCCGUCCAUGGGUGCCAGUAUAUUUAGUAAUUUAAGUCGAUUUGGUCACAACCAAGUUGAUCUGAAGAAGGUUCAGCAUUUUGUCACUACAGAUGUGGUAAAUUUUAAAUGAGCUAUUAACAUUGCACUUUUUGUCUCAUUUAGGCUGGUAUCAGUGCUGCACCUCAAAGAGCCAUGUCUGCUGUCAGAAAUAUUAGUCCUAACCUACACAAUCUACCAAAACCCAAUAUAAAUCUACCAUCUAUGCCUUCACUACCACAUAUUAACCUGCCAUCCUUUAAAUAGCCGUAGAUUUAUUCUAUUUUUAUAAGUAUAAUUAUCAAUAUGACAAUAUCAAUAAACCUGUAAUGCUAGAGUUAUUCCCAGCUCAAAGUAAUUUUAUUUUGGUGUUGUACAGUAUAUAAAAUUGUUAGAAUAUUCCCAGUUGUUGUGUUCUUAGAAAGUUUGUUAGGUGUAUACAGUUGACUCCCUUAUAUUAUUGAAAACCUUGUGAACAUGAGUCAUUGUCAUUUUAAAUUAGCAAUAGUCCAAACAUCUGUACAUUUUGUUGGCGGGGAUUUAGCCACAGUCCGUAUUUUCAGGUUGUCUGUAAUGACUAGGUGUCACAAGGUGAUAGUUGACUUUAUUUUCAUAGCCUGUGAGCAAGCUCUCCAUUCCAAGGGCCAAGCGGAGCAAGCUGCACGAGAACAUGCGAGCAAGAAGCUUGCUGCCAGGGGCAGGGGAAAGCCCAUUCCCUCCCCC